UGUGAGCAAGAACGGCUGCCGUCUGAGGAAGCACCUGAAGUGUCCAACACAAGGCUUCAACUGCCAGAUGCAUAGCUUCUAUCAUCGUGGGACGUGACUAAUAAGAAAGAAACGGAGUCAAGCUUGAGACAGCUAGAGUUUUGGUCGAGUUCAGUCUUGAAUCAGCAUCGACACAGAUCGGUCUUGAACGCCUGUCAUUUCACUGAACAUUAUAAUACAAGGUUUGACCAAAUUAAACACCACUAGAAAAUAACUCGUAACUCACGGACUCAAUAAUUCGUUAAAAUGUCAGCUAAUAUAGCUGCGGGAAUGGCUCAACUCUUGCCACCCAUAGUUUUUCCAGAAAAUUUAUCUGAAUCGGAUUUGGACUUGUCCUCCGAACUUACAAGUGAAGGAGCGGAGUCAACAGCUGAGUUGGAGGAUCCUCCGUCUGCCGAGCUAUUACGUGAACUUGUUGAUACUCUAGAUUAUUACUUCGGCGACGAAUCACUGGCCAAAGACUUGUUCCUCUUAAAACACAUAAAGAGGCAGCCAGAGGGGUAUGUAUCGCUGAAAUUACUGGCUGGGUAUAAGAAAGUAAAGAAACUCAGUCGAAAUUGGCGAGUCGUUGCAUUGGCAGCGAAAAAAUCAACCGUACUUGUCCUUAACGAAACAGGAACUCGAGUAAAGCGUAAAAAUCCUUUGCCGCCUUCACUGGCAGCUGAGCUUCCAGCUUCUAAGACACUUAUGGCUAUUAAUGUUCCAGAACACUUAUGCAGUAUUGAGCAACUAGCUACUCGAUUCGCUUCUUGUGGACCGAUGGCUGCUCUACAAUUGAUUAAACCUGGGCAAGGAAACCCACCGGAACUCGUUGCAAUCAUAAACAAAUUUCCGGGAGCAACUGACACGACUUGUGCUGUCGUCGAGUUUGAGGACGUCUGGGGAGCCACAAAAGCAUUGCAAAAUAACACUGAACCUACGCUAGAUCUUCACGUCAUUAAGAUUAACAAGAGGCGAGAAAGAGGAACACCAGAACUGCGCAGCAAUCGCCCGUUCCACCAUCAAAUGUACCGGCUCCUCAUGGAAAAUUCGCACGGUAGCGAAUCCAGUGGUUCCGAAGGCGAUGAUUUCUUACGCCAGAGCAUCGGAGCAAAAUUUCAGGGUAUGCGCGUCUGCGCUUCUACUCCUUCAAGUCCAGCAAUCCGGCGAUGUCCCUUCUCCCAACCUCGGGAAAUGAGAAGUCCACGAGGACCGGAUGGUACCAGUGGAUUUGUUCGGACGUCAACCUCGACAGAACCAUCAACUGUGACUCCAUGAUAAAAAACCAUCAACUGUGGCUUCAUUAUAAGUGUAGCUCAAUACACACGAACUAAAUUACUUCCUCAUUUUCCCAUCCCCCCCCCCCAAAGUUUCCGAGCAUUUGAAUGCUAUAUUGGUCUGUAGUAUCUGAAGGGUCGGUAAACUCCACUAUAAUAGGCUCCAGCUGAAGCUUCUUACACAUUAUAUUUAUCAGUAUUGCUAGUAUUUUCAUUUGUGACUUACUGGCCUGAAAGAUGAUGAAAUACGCUAUAAUUGAAAAUAUUAUUUUAAUACGAGGAGAUAUCGGCACCAGGCUGUUACUUGACUCUUCAAGUAUUUAUUUAAACGUAAAGAGAGUGUCUUGAUCUAUAGAUUAAAAGCCGAUUCUAGUCCCAUUAUGUAAGGAGUAAAUAAAAACACCGCGAAGGCUUUGAGAAUUUUAUUCCCAACAUCAUUUCCUUUUCAAUUUCAUUAUCAUUAGAGUUCAACGAUCUGAA